CCAAUCUAAGAAGUGAAGUCUGGUUCGUAAAAACAAGACAAAUCCAACACCACACAGAACAGAGAAAGAAACGGUUACGGAAGGCAGAGCAAGAGCAACAUGGCUGGGGCCCAUCACACUCUCAUUCCACUGCUGAUCCUACAGCUUAUCAAUGCAGGUGUGCAUGGAAAACCAUUAUCUCAACACGUUAAUGAGGGGGCUGAUGUCAGUCUGCUGUGUGACAAUGUGGUUCAUUCAGACUGCUCCUUAAUUAUGUGGCUUCACAGCAGAGAAAGUUUUCAAAAUGCUAUUCAAGAGGUUUUUAACGGGAAGGUGAACGUUAACUCAAAGAGAGCUAAAAAACUGAGUGUGGACGCUGACUGUUCUCUACAUAUUCACAAUGUCACAGCUGAGGAUGCUGGACGCUACACAUGUCGAAUUUUAAAACACCCAAAUCCCUUUUCAGACACUGAUACCUAUCUGUCUGUUCUGACCAUCUCCGUGUCCACACUACUGACAUAUCUAAAGCCCGAUAGACCAGUAACAAUGAGGUGCUCUCUGCACACCAAUGAAGGACGUGGAAAGUGUAGUAAAUUUCGCAAUAGUCAAGUUCAUCUGAGCUGGAUGGAUGAGACUGGUAGGAAGCUGCAGGAAGACUCCAGAUACCAGCUCACAGGGCCUCGCUGUGACAUCACUCUGACUGUGACACUCCAGAAGGAGGACAACAACAGGAAGUGGACGUGCACGCUGACUGACAAGGGAAACGUGAAGAUCUCCAUUGACUUCACCUCCACAUUCUCAGAUAUUAAAGACACGGAUGAUGACGGUGGAGAGGAAAACGACGGUCUUAAACAGUCGCUGCUGAUCUGGGUGCCAAUAGGGGUGGCUGUGUGUGUGGCUGUGUGUGUGACCGCAGUCACCUUCAGAAGGAGGGCGUAUCAUGUUUCAGGAAAUCAGAUGCCAGUCAACCCAGGCAAUAUGGUGCAAGCAAACAACAGGGAUGACCAGAGAGCAGACAUGACCUAUGCUGAGGUCAACCUUCCCACUAGUAGGAGGAUGGUGGAGAAAGACCAACAGACAGAGUAUGCAACCAUCAGAACAUGACCCUGAAUCAUAAACUGUUCCGUAUUGAGGCUGUAAAGAAGUGGUAUUCAAAUCCUACCCUGCAGGUCUGGAGUACUGUUGCUUUUCUGGAAUACCUGAUGACUAAUUGCACCCACCUGGUGUCCUGGGUCUAAAUUAAACAAAUAAGAUUGGAACUGGCUUCAAGGUCCAGAUUUUAAUUUGAGGAUGCUAUGAAGUGGAGAUGUAAGAACUUGAAGGUUCCCUUGAAAUAAACUUUCUGACUUAAGCUA